AAUGACCUUAGGCCACAAGCCCAGAAGAUGGUGAAACUUCUAUUGUAAUUUUUAUUUCCCAUUUAUUUAUACGUACUCCAAUCAAUUGUAAAAAUAUUAUUAUUUGUAUGGUUCGCAGAUAAUGUGCUUUUUAAUAUUAUCAAGAGUAAUUUAAUUGUGAUAAUGAUAAGCAAGAGUUAGGUAAUGUUCCAGGAAUCACACAAAGCUUUAGACCAUUUGUGUUGUUAUUUGUUCUAUUUUUAACACUGAAACAUUGCAAGGUCAAGUUUCGUGCAUUUUAAUUUUAUAGUUAGCAAUUUAUUUGCCACAUUUUUGCGUCAAAAUGGAAAACAUCUUGAACGACAUCAACAAGAGAUUUAUCUCACUUCCAGAAGAAGAUGUACGCGGUAACAAACAAAUUCUUGAAUCUGUGUUGCGCACAUUUGUUGAGCAAAUGAAGACUCAAGACCCCCUUUUUAAGGCCCUCUUCAGGCGCGUUUUCUACGGUGGUAGUUUUUAUGACGGUUUGAAGGUUGGCAAGCCUGAAGAAUUUGACCUGGACAUACUUUUGCACAUUCCUAUAUAUGCUCAGCCCGUCUUAAAUGAAAGCAACGUUCCGGGCUUUGUUUGGCUCAAAUUAAACAACCUUGACGGGUGGUUGAGACAACCGGAAGGGCGGGUUUACAAAGACUUUCGAAAAAAAUUUUUAGCCGAUAACGAUUUCCUAGACACUGGGAAAACACUACGUUGGAUGGAAAGCCUGGUCCAGAAAACCCUAAACACGCUGCCUUGGGUUAACAACGCCACCUGCGAGUUAACAAACGAAUUUGGAACGUUUCAUAUUAAUUGGUGGAAAGGCGGGCCUGCAAUGACACUGGGGAUUUCCCACAGUUCAGGGGAGAAAAUUAUGGACGUUGAUUUAGUGGCCUGUUUCGUUUUUUCUGGAGACAAAUGGCCGAUUAAUGGCUACAGAAGCAACCCCUUCCCGUCAACGAAGCCGGAAUUUUUCAUUGUUCCGAAAAAACCGCAAGGACCGGUGAAUCCCCAAGGACGCUACUGGAGUUUAUCGUUCCAGGAGCAGGAAAGAGUGCUGAUCGAUAAUAAAAAUCGGUUAAAACCGGCGGUUAAGCUAAUCAAGAAAUUGAAGGAGAAGACGCACCCAAACAUUGCCAGUUAUUACAUUAAGACUGUGUUUUUACAUAUCAUUGAGCAGAAAGAUCAGAGUUUUUGGAAUAAAUCCUUGAGGGAAGUUUUUAUGACCACAUUGCGAGAGUACAACGAAUUUAUCGCAGACCAGUCAAUUCCUUACUACUGGUGCAGAAAAAACAAUCUAAUAGGGCAUCUAGCGCCAAUAACUUUGAAUAAUAUCAGUAACCGGAUCGGUUACAUUAUCAAAGAUAUUGAAAAUAAUCCAGAGAAUAUUGCCAAGCAUUUACUGACCAAGGAGGAAUAUACCAAAUAUAUUCAAGGAGAGGAUGUAAUGGCAGAGGCAUUACCUGCAUUACCGGCCUCCCAAACUUCAAGUUGUGUCAUUAUUUAAUCAAUAUUUUUAUACAUUCUUGUAUAAAUAAAAUUAAAGAUUCUGAUCAAAGUGGCCUUAGUGAAGUUAAGUUGGCAACAUAAACAGUCAAACCGAACGUCACAGGUCACUUUGAUCAGAAGUUUUAGAAAAAAAAACUACAUAUUAAAAGCUAAA